GAGGUUAUGUUUAUGUUUCUGAAACCGUGAAUUAUGCAUUGAUAAUGUGGUGUGUGUGUGGGGCGAAAAUAGGGCGAAAUAGUCUUGUAUAAUUAUUCUGAAACAUUAAUCCAAUUUCGACCUCCUUCAAAAUGUUAAGCAAACAUUAUUUCUCGAAGCUUAUUUCCCUAAAACAUGUGCCUUGCUCUCAACUCAGUGCGCCGACCUCCAGACUUCGGAGCACCACCAGCAGUGAGUACACAUCGACACCAAACUACCCACCAAUAUACUCUUUGGAACCCAAAGCAGUAACGAAGCGAGUAAUUGAGUCUGGUGCUGAAAAGUUGAAGAAAGUACCGACAGUUGAAGAGAAGCUCUUAGCUCUGAAUGUUCCACGCUAUUGGGGAUGGGACUCAGUGAUGGUGAAUGAAGGUAAUCUCCCGUAUGACUUUCUUCCCUUUGCACAACACAUCACCAGAACCAGAAUGAUUGAAGUGGAUAGCUUACCGGUCCCUCUACCAAGUGAAACAUUGCAACAAGUCAUGAAAACUGUUAAAGAUCAAUUGGAGAAAAUCAUCGCGUUUGAGCUGUGUCACAGAAAUCAUAAAUUUCUCUUGGUUGAAGACCCGUUAGAUUUGACGGAGAUGAGGUUGAACGAGCUUUAUGGCAAAACACUCAUCGAGCAAAUCAACCGAUGUAUCUUAUCAAAUUUUGCACCUCACGUACCUCAUCUUGUGGAUCUGUUGGUAGACUUUCAGCCACGGCAUGAAGCAUUUUGGUGCGUUGGAGGUUUCUAUCCCAGCGAAGAGGACAAGUGGUACCAGAGGUAUCUCAAUAAAUUCUGGGAGCGAUCAAAUGACAACCUAGAUGACCCAAUGGAUCGCUGGAUACAAUACAUUGGAUCCCCGGUCCUAGCUGUGCGUAGUCGAUUUCCUUUGGACCCAAUUGCUCCCUUCCCUGGACCCACCAUAGAGGAUACAGCAGUGAAACCAGUUGAAGAAGUUCCUCAUUCAGAGAAAGACGGAGAAAAAUCUAGCCAGAAACCAACUGAAAUAGCUGCAGGGGACAAAACUCCUACUGAGAGAACAUUUGAAAUUCCUUCAUACAAAUAUGAUCCACGAAUAACACAUGGCUUGGAAAUCAAACGGCAAUAUGGUCUCAAUAUUCCUGGAUUCUUUGCCAAUGACCGGCAUGAAUUCGGAUUUCUAUCUUACCACAGAAGGAACCACAUGCUAGGUAGACCACCUAACUUUGGUGUAGAGCAUGAUGAAGCACUUCAUGCCCAAGCAAUUUUGGCUUCUUACAGUUGGCUACUUGGUCAAGCAUGCUAUCAAGGGUUCUCAACCUACAAUGAUCCAACUUACCCCUUGACUGCUCAAACAGUUAUAACAGAUGGUCGUUUAUGGUCAUUUUAUGCGUACCAGCUAAACACUACUACCCUCUACCACGACCAUAUAGACACGAAUCCCCAUCAAAAUGUUUGCUAUGGACUUAAAACCACGGAAUUGUAUCAUUCAAUUGAGGAUGGAAAAGUGAAAGGCUGGAAUGAGAAAGCAUUGGAAACCUUAUUCUCUUUUUACCUUAACAAAUGCCGAGUACGCGAAGGCGUACAAAUGAAGCCAUAUUUGGACCCACAGACGCCUCUCGUCGAAUGUAUCGAAGAUGACGAGAAGCGAAACUGGUUGGAUAAACAUAAUAAGUAUUUCAUGCGACGUCCGCCCAAGCAUGGGUGGGUGCCACAAAUUUAUGAAUGGGAGAAGAUCUAUCGAAUUGAUAAUGAUACAAUGCCAAUGAGUGCAAGACACAAGUUCUACCAAAAAGGUGAAAACCCCAUGAAGGAUGAUACAUGGAUCAACCGCCAUGAACGCAAGUACAUACCCAAGCCACUCAGAAAAGAAGGCGCAUAUAGACAAAAGUACGAAAAAACUUUCUGGCCAGACGCUCUAGUUUAAUGUAGUUUUUUAGUUUUGUUAUUUUUCUAUGAAAUAAAUUUUUCCCAAAGUUCA